AUGAUUUUUAUUCUAACGAUGAAGAUGUUCGCACAUGUUCUGUUCAGUUUGAAGUUGUUUUAUUUAUUCCUUCUCUCAAUAUCAUCAAUUCUAUUGGUAAUCGGAACUAAUGCGAGAACAUGUUUAGAAUUGCGUGUUUUUCUAAUUAUGAUUUCAAUCGGAUUUUUAAAUGUUGUUAUUUGGACGCCUAUAAAUUAUUUCAUGGAACAUAAUCCGAGAAUACUAGAAACUGGAUGUGUUAAAACUGUAAUAUAUUGCUACACAUUCAUCUGCAUUUAUUCUUUAAGUGAAAAGUUUAAAAAUGAAAAUCGUUCUUGUACCUAAUAAUGGAAUGGAAUUAAAGGAAAGAAAAGUUUAAAAAUUGAACCUAAAGAAAUUUCUUUGAAAUAUUAAAAUAUAAUUUUAUUCAUUCAAUAAUUUAUCGGAGC